ACUCAAGGAGGACAAGAAGGGCUCGACGUCUUGUUGUUUUCUUUUCUCACCAUUUAGGAGAGGGAGCUAAGCAUGCCCACCGCAGGAGAGAGGACACCCUCUUCCACUUCUGUCGACUCAGCCGCAACAGACAGUGCCAAAGAUGAAUCCCCGUCGGGUUCAGUCUCAGAAACACCCAAAAAAUCAUCAAAGAAGUCCAAGAAAACCACUGACAUGACCAUAGUCUACAACUCUGUGCUCAACAGUGUUUUUGGGGCGGAGAGAGAAUUAGCUCAGGGUGAGUUGGACGAGUUGCAAGAGGCCUUCAAAGAGUUUGACUACGAUCAAGAUGGAUACCUGAACUACAAGGAUGUGGCUGAAUGCAUGCGGACAAUGGGAUACAUGCCCACAGAAAUGGAGCUGCUGGAGAUAGUUCAACAGAUCAAGAUGAGAA